CACGACCACAGUCCUCGCUGGACAUUCGUGGCAAACAGAUGUGCGGUUUUCGAUCGAAUUGCGUUUGUUGAAGAGAGAAGUGAAGUUAAUGUUUAUGCUAUUGAAACGGUUCCGAGGCGCUUUUAACGAAACACUACCUUUGGGAAAGCCGUUGUCGGACUGUUGAGGAGCAAACAACGGCGCGCUGAGCUAAUCGUUUCGGUCUGGAUCUACGUAUGUUUACGUAUAGCGCGAAAUGUGAUAAAGGCUAAGUGGUUGAAAGUAUGUUGCGACAGCAAAGAAAAAAAUAUUAAUAAUAUGGAGUGAGAAAUGUGAAAUCAGAGCAAAAGUUAAAACUCGCCCAAAAGUUAAUCAAUUCAUUUUGAUUUGUACGAUUUGAAUAAGUAAUUCGGGGAACGACUAUUCCAAACGACGCGGCUCAAUGUGCGAAAUGAGUGCAGAUGACCUUGAUAACAAUUUUAUGUGCGUUCAAUAUCCACGAUUCACGAGUAUUUCUGUUUCCCAGUUUUCAACUCGAAAACUAUUCUUUGGCAGAGUUCAAUAAAAGUGAAAAGGUGUGGCCGAUUUGUCGAACGGUUUCGCAUUUGCAUUUCAAUGAACCACCACCAGUUGUUGGCUGGAAACGUUAUCCAGAGUGUAGAAACGGUUCGAUCAAAAUGAGAUAAAUGUAGAAGAUUAGUGUCCCAGUUAGAUCUGCAUGAAUACACCGUGAAGCGCAAAUGAGGAAACGGUGCAUUUGAAAAAACCAAUAUUGUUGCAUUAGCAUAUUGAUAACAGCAGAAAAAAAACUGAAUGCUUCUGUGGGUGCAUCAUUCAGGUAGUUAUUUUGGUGCAAACACGCCUCAAACCGGAACCGUUUGUUUGGAUUGUUGUGCGGAUUUGUGUGCUGAAAUUCGCGCAAACUACGUUACAUGGUGGUUCGCUUUACCCCGGGUACCUUGUAAACAUUGGGUGCAACAAAUGCUGUAAUAGGCUGAGGGCACGCGAAGUUUGAAUGCCUUCAGAGAGCAUAUGGUUCGAUUGGUUCGCUCUGCGACUUCAAAGCAAGGUUAACUUAUCAGAUCUCGAGCCAAGUCGGACCUGGACCAGAGGUAGGCCUGAAUGAUACCAAGCAUCACGGAAGAGGGACGACCGCGGUCUUACUGCAAGUAGAAAAUAAUUUCCAUCAGAGCGUAUAAACGCAUCGUGGGCAGCGCUCCAGAAGGGUGGCAAGGGUGUGUUUGGGGGCGUGAAGCAUACGUAAACUGCACACAAUAUUACACAGAGUUGUUCAGUGGCGUGUGCACCAAGGAGGAACAACCAAUCCGCGAAAGAAAUUGGAGUGAACAAACGCGAAUGAACCGUCGACCAAAACAAACGAGGCGAUAUUCCCGUAUUGAAUCGGAACUGGUGUGAUCAUUAUCCGCGACUGUAACACGGGAAGGCCUCGCGGCUUCGCUAUGUGGUGAAGAGGUUUGGCAAAAAUCCAAGAAUAGUUCCGAAAUUAGAAGAAAUGUGUGUGCCGCAGGUGAAAUAGCAGAAAACGAGGUGUGGAAAACAAACAAAAAUUGUGUAAUUUUGUGGCACCGUUGUCAUGUUCCUAAUCAUUUUGUGCCUUCCCGUUGUGAUGUGAUGUGAGCUUGGGAGCUUCCAAUGUAAGCCUUAAUGAGACGAAACGAUCGGAGUUCGAUCACUGGAAAAAUCAACAACUUUCUUGCAAAAUGGGGAACGCGAUAAGUAGUGCGAACGAGGCGACGUUGUCUCGAAGGCGGCAGCACCAACAACAGCAUCAGCAGCAGCAGUGUUACGUCGAUUGCAACGGAAAACGAUAUUGUUUUGAGAGUGGGAGUAAUAAUGCCGCUUCCAAUAUUAAUCACACGAACCAUCAACACCAACAGCAUCAGAAUCCAGAGAGUUCACGAAUGCUGUUUCUACUCUAUUUGAUACAUCGAACGUGGAAUGUUGUUGUGGAUAGUGUAGAUCAAAAAGGCAAAAAAUCGCGUGCCGCCACAUCGGAGGAUUCGGGUGCCCCGAGGAGCAACUACGAUGAGGAAGCUUUCGAAGCCGACGUCAACUUUACCGACAUCGAUGCCGAUUCGAGCUUGUACGGCUCGCAGUACUCGUUUUGCAACUGCAGCUACUGUGAGGAGGAAGCGGAACGGAACCAUUUCGACAAUGCCAAAGGGAGUCGAUUUUCCUUCUGCGAAAGUGACAUAUCAUACUGCUCCUACCAAAUGGCACCGAGUGCAGGGAAGAGCCCCCCGGGGGCCACACAGAUAGGACCACCGGAUGUGAACGAAAUGACGCUUGGCUGGAAUUCGAACAUUAAGCAAGAGAACCAGAGACCACCCGUGUUCAACCCGGAAGACUACGUGAUGUCCCUCAAGAAAUAUGGCCGCCGGGGCACCAAUGGUAAUUUCAAAUCCGUGUACGACACCUCCCUUGGGGAGGAAUCCAAAAACGAAAAACAACAGCAAAUCGCCGAUGCCAUCAGCCGCUCUCAGACACUGCCGCACAAAAAUUCUGAAUAUCGGUCACCAAUUCCAGCGCCGCCGGAGAUGGACAGCGAAAUGACUCUUAGACAGUUUGGUUCAGUGACCGAUUUGCUCACGAAACUACGAGCGGACUUGCGGGCAUCAUUUCCAAGCUUCGUCCAAGAAUUCGUCUCCAGUCCACUGGACGGCGUAAGUUUGCUUCUCGAAGUUUUGCGUGCCGUCCAGCUCAGCCAGAGCACUCCGAUGAAUGGGACCACAACAAUGCCAGCACCGGGAAUAAUGCCACGAACCAAUCAGUCCUACCAGAGAAGAGCGCUGCUGGAUGAACUUGCGUGCUUACAAUGUUUAAGCAUCUGCUGCACCAGAAGUCCCGAAGCUGGUGCCCGAUUGGGAACCACACCCAUAGGACUUUUGCCGCUGGCUGCGGCUGCCACAGGCUCAGGAAUCCGCUCCAGAAUCGUAGCCCUGCAGCUGCUGACGAUUGCAUGCGACAAAUCGGCGCUUGGCGAUGGGACCCAAAGGAGCCAACAGCAAGGACACACGGCUGUGUCGGAAGCGCUAUCCACAUUACGUCUCCGAUGUGCGGAACCCGUUCGAUUCCGGCUGUUGGUCGGAAUGCUAAACAGUGGGGGAGGUUCGGGAGAGCUGCAAGCUGUUGGAAUGAAAUUCGUAAACACCUUUCUGGAAAGCGCUGAAAGUCCACAGGUUCGACUUUAUCUUCAAGCAGAACUGCACCAAGCCGGCAUUGAUCCCGCCCAAAUGUGUAAAAUAAUUUCUUCCACUUCUCCCUGGUUGGAGCGACUUCGCAUCGAAGUCAAGCGGUGGGAAGCAAUCCGGAUAGAUAUCGAACAGCUACAGGGACAGGCACGAUCUGCAGAACAAGUUCGCAGCCGUUUGGUCAUUCUUGAACGUCGAGUACAAAUACUGCACGAAGAGAAAACGGUUUUAACAACAAUGGAGAGACGGCUACAGGAACGUUGCGCCGAGUUGCAGAGAGAAGUGCUCAGGCUGAAGGGCAACCAGAGUCACGAUGUUUCCAACAGUUCUAGCUUAGAGAAGAGACCGAUCGCCUUGCCAAGACAGGUACCCCCACAACCUAAGAGGAAUACUUCGGAAAAUGACGAUGAGGGCAUCAGUAGCUCGGAAACUGGACAAUCGUCCACGCCCGAACCACCACGCGUCUUUCCCGCAAAAGAUGGAUCGAGUUCAAAGUCACAUAAAUUUAGCAUUUCUUUGAAUCACGAUCAUGCGGAACCGGUUCAUGAAGGUAAUAAUGACGACGACACAAACGCCACCAUUGAGGAUGUUAUUGAAGAACUGCAAAAUAUUGUCAACGAUGCGGAACGGGAGAUUUCCGACCAAAAUGAAGUUUUGUUCCACCCGAUAGUUCCCGACAAAACGCUCUACAGCUUAGAGGUCAAUGCCGAAAACGAAAUAGUACCUGUGAAUCUGCUACCUCAUCCACCUCGCAAGUCCCGUUCCCUGGCGCAUCUUAUAUCCGCCCCUUCGGAUGAAGAUUGUUCCGGGUAUGAUCUCCUGCUAGUGAACAAUGAGAACAAGAUCAACUUCUUUGACGAUGAAGGUCCAAAAAAAGGUCCGAAAAAGUCCUUUAUCGACAAUGGCUUCUUCAAAGAGGGGGAGGCCCAUGACUCUGUACGACCGGACGUAAUUCAUACCGCUGCCGAUUCCCAGGCUAUACAUCGAAGUCGUGCUCCGACCAAAGAUUCAAAUCGGGCCAUAUUGAACGUGAUUAUGGAUGCGCGGGACAAAGAAUCUCGAAUGUUCCGGGCCCAGUCACUGGAGAGGGAAGUACCGACAGGACCGCCAGCGCAGCAAUUCAACGGAGUGUUCUUCAUGACCGACAUGAACAGUGCCGGCAAGUAUCCCAAACCAGACAUCACAGCAGCGUUGGAAGCGAAAAAGGUUACCAAGAACCUCGAUCGCAUGGGUGCCUACGGGGUGGAUUCUAUGAUCGAUAUCGUCAUGACGGGUGAACAGAGGGCGAACAAAUUGAAUGGCUUCCAGAAGACUCGCCUGAAUCUUCAACAUUCCAACGGCAAUGGAAUUUCGUCAACCGGCAAAAUCAGCAAUGGCAAUCACAACUUCAAGUUGCGAUCAUCCAAUGGUCCGUCAAUGAAUUUCUCCAGCAGCGGAGCUGCGUUGAGCCGAAGCCAGACGAACCUCGGCUCGAAAGUGACCGACAUACCUUCGGGAUUAUACUGAUGAACAAUCCGAGUUGAUUUAGGAACUCGAACAGUUUUAAUUACUUCUGUGCAAUAUUUAUUCUUUUACUCGUAGAAACAUAAAUGUGUUAUUAUGCGGUGUAGCAUUCUCAGUACAGUCGUAUUGUAUCAAACACUCCGUUUGUAUAAAAUUAUUCACACUCUUUCUCUCCUACUAUCUAGAGGUGGUGAUGGAACCGUACUGACUAUGAUUAUUUUACGGAUACAUUAGUAAGUGAACCGCAAAAAAGCCGUUAUUUUUAAGAAAAUUCAAGUGUAGUUUUAUUGAAAAUAUUAAACACUGAAUAAAGACAUC